AUUACUUAAGAGGAUUUCAAUAUCAGUUUAACAAAAAAAGCUAAGCAAGUAAAGAGCAAGGCUACACUAUGGAAGCUUACACUCUUUACUCUGGAGUGAAAAAUGGAACACACUAUCCCUAAAACAUGUCUUAUCGUUCUCGAUAAUUUACAUAAUCGUUUGACGAUUCUUAACACACGCCAUGCACUCACUCGAGGCUAAAGAGGGAAAAAACCCAAAAAAGGAAUCCAAGUCUGUUUCCAAUCAAGCCACCCUAACUUUAUACUGAUAGUAAUUGCAAUUUGUGCUGGCCUGAUGAUGAUAACCAGAAGAAGAAUUCAGCCGGGAAUAUCUCUUCUUCCUUCUCCUAAACAUAUAGUCUACCAGCCCCUUCACGCACCAACUCCGCCGAAUCUUUGGCGCCACCGUCAUCACGUGACCGCCACGUGCUCCGUUACUAGUGGCUCUCUUCACCGCCAGCCCGCGAAGCUCCGGCGGAGAAUAGUGCCUUAUCAACGGCCACUUGAUCCCCUCGAAGAAACGGUGCCGUUUCACGUCCGUCGCGCCUUUGCUGCACCCGAGCCGUCUCCGCGGAUCUUUCACGAGAAGCUUCCGAAUCAAAUCCUCCGCCUCUUCCAUCCCUUCCGCGGAAGGCGGAGGAAACGCGACCUGCUUGCUCGACGCGAUGUUGCGGAGCGUGCUCUCUUUGCUCCCACCUUUGAACGGCGUCGUCCCGUACAUCAGCUCGUAGAUCAACACCCCGAACGCCCACCAGUCGACGCCGUUUCCGUGGCCGCUCCCGGAGAGAAGCUCCGGCGAAAGGUACUCGUGGGUCCCAACGCACGAGCUCGAGAAUGCGGCAUUCGGCUCCGCGACGAACUCCGCCUCCAUCUCUUCCACCACCAUUCUCCCCCUCCUCCUCCUACUCCGCCGCCGCCGCCGCGUGGGCCCCACGCGAUCGCAGCGAAAGGUGGGGUCCACAUCGGCCUCGAAGCACAAAUCGAAAUCCGAGAGCAUGACGUGGCCGUCCUCCCUCAGCAAAAUGUUCUCCGGCUUGAGGUCUCUGUAAACAAUCCCCAGCGCGUGGAGGUACUCGAGCGCCACCAGCACCUCGGCGGCGAAGAACUUCACCGCGGCGAGUGGGAACCGGUUCCCCGGCUGCUUCCGGAGGAGAGAGUGGAGGUCGCCGUUGGAGCAGUAAUCGAUCAGGAGGCAGGUGUAGUGCGAGACGUCGAUUCGCGCGUAGAGCGUAGGCAAGAAAGGGUGGUCUAGCAGGGAGAGGAUCUUGGCCUCCAUCUGCACGUGGGAGAGCUUCUUCUUGCUGAGGGUAUCUCGAUCCACAACUUUGAGGGCGAAUUGGCUGGAGGCAGAGUCGCUGCAAUCCCUAAUUUUGCAGAGGAAGACUCGGCCCAAAUUUCCGGCGCCAAGGAGGCGGAGCAGCUUGAGGUGGCUGAGGUGGAGGCGCCCGUCGGAGGAGAGGUUCGUGGCGGUUCUAAUCGCCGACCAGUGAGGGUCGGAUCUGCGGUGGUGCAGGGAGUCGAAGGAGUUGUAGGAAGAAAAAGUGGCGGCGACGGAGGAGGAUGUGGUGGAGAGGCGGUCGUUGAAGCUGAGGGCUAGAGCGGGCACUGGAGGAGGCGAAAGUGCGAUCGGUGACGGUGGAGUUGAAGCUGAAAUCGAGGUCGGUGUCGCAGGGGGAGGAAGUAUUGCCAUUGUUGUUGCUCUGGUCGUAGUAGGAAUUAUCUUGAGCUUCGUCCAUGGUCGAAUAUUGAAGGAAAUAAUGGAUGGGAAGAAGAA